AUGUCAGACAUGGAAGAGGUUUUGGAGAGGCAAGAGCGAGAAAGGCGAGCAAGAAUGCGUAGAAGAGCUGCAAGCAAAAAGGCGCAGAGAGAACUAGAUGAGCAACUUGGUGUGGCUGUUGCUUUGCUGGAGGAAGAAAACCAGAGCCACCGUGGUUCACGAGAAGGCCGGGCAUCGAAUGUGGACAGACAUAGACAUUCUCGGGAUUUGGGGCUGCUUCCCGAGCAAAAGUUCACAGCUGUGAUACAAAUGUUGGCGUAUGGGUCAUCUGCUGAUCAGGGACUACCUGCACAGACCUACGCCCAGGGACCGCAACUGCUUCUACAAAAAGCUGAGUCUCAUGGAUUUCCUGGAAUGAUUGGUAGCAUUGACUGCAUGCACUGGCAAUGGAAAAAUUGUCUAGCUGCUUGGCAAGGGGAUUAUGGGAAUCGGAAAGGGCAGAAAAGCAUCAUCCUCGAAGCAGUUGCUGGUUUUGAUACAUGGGUUUGGCACGCCUUCUUUAGAGUUGCCGGCUCUCAAAAUGAUUUGAACGUCCUGGGUCAAGCCCCGGUGUUCAAUGACAUUUUGAGAGGUGAAGGCCCAAAUAUCACAUAUCAAGUCAAUAAUACCGUCUAUCAGAACGAGUAUUAUCUAGCUGAUGGUAUCUACCCGAGGUGGACAACAUUUGUGAAAUCAAUUCCACAUCCCCGAUCACAGAAGGAAAAUUUUUUUGCUGCCUAUCAAGAGGGGUACAGAAAAGAUGUGGAGAGGUGCUUUGGUAUCCUUCAAGCUCGGUGGGCUAUUAUCAGGGGCGCGGCGCGUCUAUUUGACGAGGAGGUGCUUAGAAAUGAGUAUGAUUACGAUGUUGAUGAAGUGUAUGAACCAGAUCCAAUGAACACGGCCUUAACACGAAUUUAUGAAAAACCUAUGGGGCCAAAUAGAGAACCAGUGCAGCAUGAUCCGUUGGUUAGAGACGGUACUUUCAUGCAUCGUAUGAUUGAGCGCUAUACGGAGAUGCAAUCGUCGUAUAUUCAUGAACACCGUCAAGUUGACUUGAUGGAGCAUUUAUGGGCGGUGAAAGGCAAUGAAGGUCAAUGA